GCGCCCCCUCCACGAGGAUGGGGGAGGGAAUGGGGUGAGGCCUGGCCUCAGCCUUGGGGUUUCCAGCUCUUGCGGGAGGCAGGGCUCUGGGGCGCCCCACUCCUCACCCUUGGCUUCUCUUCCUGAGCCCUUUGUGCUCUCCAGAAAUGAAGAAAUGGGGCUAACCCCCAGAGGCUCCAUGGAGUUCCCUGGCCUGGGGGCCCUGGGGACCUCAGAGCCCCUCCCCCAGUUUGUGGAUCCUGCUCUGGUAUCCUCCACGCCAGAAUCAGGGGUUUUCUUCCCCUCUGGGCCUGAGGGCUUGGAUGCAGCAGCUUCCUCCACCGCCCCAAGCACAGCCACCGCUGCAGCUGCAGCGCUGGCCUACUACAGGGACGCUGAGGCCUACAGACAUUCCCCAGUCUUUCAGGUGUACCCAUUGCUCAACUGUAUGGAGGGGAUCCCAGGGGGCUCACCAUAUGCCAGCUGGGCCUACGGCAAGACGGGGCUCUACCCUGCCUCAACUGUGUGUCCCACCCGCGAGGACUCCCCUCCCCAGGCCGCGGAAGAUCCAGAUGGAAAAGGCAGCACCAGCUUCCUGGAGACUUUGAAGACAGAGCGGCUGAGUCCAGACCUCUUGACCCUGGGGCCUGCACUGCCUUCAUCACUCCCUGUCCCCAAUAGUGCUUAUGGGGGCCCUGACUUUUCCAGUACCUUCUUUUCUCCCACCGGAAGCCCCCUCAGUUCAGCAGCUUAUUCCUCUCCCAAGCUUCGUGGAACUCUGCCCCUGCCUCCCUGUGAGGCCAGGGAGUGUGUCAACUGCGGAGCAACAGCCACUCCACUGUGGCGGAGGGACAGGACAGGCCACUAUCUAUGCAAUGCCUGCGGCCUCUAUCACAAGAUGAAUGGACAGAAUAGGCCCCUCAUCCGGCCCAAGAAGCGCCUGAUUGUCAGCAAACGGGCAGGUACUCAGUGCACCAACUGCCAGACGACCACCACGACACUGUGGCGGAGAAAUGCCAGCGGGGACCCCGUGUGCAAUGCCUGCGGCCUCUACUACAAGCUACACCAGGUGAACCGGCCACUGACCAUGCGGAAGGAUGGUAUUCAGACUCGAAACCGCAAGGCAUCUGGAAAAGGGAAAAAGAAACGGGGCUCCAGUCUGGGAGGCACAGGAGCAGCCGAAGGACCAGCUGGUGGCUUUAUGGUAGUGGCUGGGGGCAGUGGUAGCGGGAAUUGUGGGGAGGUGGCUUCAGGCCUGACACUGGGCCCCCCAGGUACUGCCCAUCUCUACCAAGGCCUGGGCCCUGUGGUGCUGUCAGGGCCUGUUAGCCACCUCAUGCCUUUCCCUGGAUCCCUGCUGGGCUCACCCACAGGCUCCUUCCCCACAGGCCCCAUGCCCCCCACCACCAGCGCUACUGUGGUGGCUCCACUCAGCUCGUGAGGGCACAGAGCACGGCCUCCAAAGGAGGGGUGGUGUCCUCCUCCUCUUGUAGUCAGCAGUCUGGACAACCCAAGUCUCUGGGCCCUAGGCACCCCAUGGCCUGAACCUUCAAAGCUUUUGUAAAAUAAAACCAUCGAAGUCCUGAAA